AUGGCGGUCUGGGUAAUGAUGGCGGUCUGGGAUAUGAUGGCGGUCUGGGAUAUGAUGGCGGUCUGGGAUAUGAUGGGGGUCUGGGAUAUGAUGGCGGUCUGGGAUAUGAUGGCGGUCUGGGAUAUGAUGGGGGUCUGGGAUAUGGUGGCGGUCUGGGAUAUGAUGGCGGUCUGGGAUAUGAUGGCGGUCUGGGAUAUGAUGGCGGUCUGGGAUAUGAUGGCGAUCUGGGAUAUGACGGAGGUCUGGGUAAUGACGGGGGGUCUGGGUAAUGAUGGCGGUCUGGGAUAUGGUGGCGGUCUGGGAUAUGAUGGCGGUCUGGGAUAUGAUGGCGGUCUGGGAUAUGAUGGCGGUCUGGGAUAUGAUGGCGGUCUGGGAUAUUAUGGCGAUCUGGGAUAUGAUGGCGGUCUGGGAUAUGAUGGCGAUCUGGGAUAUGAUGGCGGUCUGGGAUAUGAUGGCGGUUUGGGAUAUGAUGGAGGUCUGGGUAACGAUGGCGGUCUGGGAUAUGACGGAGGUCUGGGAUAUGAUGGAGGUCUGGGAUAUGAUGGCGGUUUGGGAUAUGACGGAGAUCUGGGAUAUGAUGGAGGUCUGGGUAAUAUUGGUGGUCUGGGAUAUGAUGGAGGUCUGGGAUAUGAUGGAGGUCUGGGAUAUGACGGUGGUCUGGGAUAUGAUGAUGGCGGUCUGGGAUAUGAUGGAGGUCUGGGAUAUGAUGGCGGUAUGGGAUAUGAUGGAGGUCUGGGAUAUGGUGGCAGUCUGGGAUAUGAUGGAGGUCUGGGAUAUGAUGAAGGUCUGGGACAUGAUGACAGUCUGGGAUAUGACAGCGGUUUGGGAUAUGAUGGCGGUCUGGGAUAUGAUGAUGGCGGUCUGGGAUAUGAUGGCGGUCUGGGAUAUGAUGAUGGCGGUCUGGGAUAUGAUGAUGACGGUCUGGGAUAUGAUGAUGGCGGUCUGGGAUAUGAUGAUGGCGGUCUGGGAUAUGAUGAUGGCGGUCUGGGAUAUGAUGAUGGCGGUCUGGGAUAUGAUGAUGGCGGUCUGGGAUAUGAUGAUGGCGGUCUGGGAUAUGAUGAUGGCGGUCUGGGAUAUGAUGGCAGGCUGGGAUAUGAUGGAGGUCUGGGAUAUGAUGGCAGCCUGGGAUAUGAUGGGGGUCUGGGAUAUGACGGCGGUCUGGUAUAUGACGGAGAUCUGGGAUAUGACGGGGGUCUGGGAUAUGAUGGUGGUCUGGGAUAUGAUGGCGGUCUGGGAUAUGAUGGGGGUCUGGGAUAUGACGGCGGUCUGGGAUAUGACGGAGAUCUGGGAUAUGACGGAGGUCUGGGAUAUGACGGGGGUCUCGGAUAUGACGGGGGUCUGGGUAAUGACGGGGGGUCUGGGAUAUGA